UUCCCUCAUCACCGCCCCCCCUGGAUCCUCAGUUGACCAGCGUCGCAAGAGAGCGUCGCUCCUGCGCCCGGCAAAUCUUCGUCUUACCUCCUCUCCCUCAUCGCCUUUCUCGACUUUAUUCGCCACGACAAGGUUUUCUCGAGUGAAAACUACUUGCGCACCUUGAACCAGCCCGCACGGCCAAAGGACCUGUUUUUUUUUUUAAACCCCCCUCACCCCCCUCCCGACUCAAGCCAAAGCAGUCGAUGAUGUUGCGAGAAAUGUGGCAACUACGCGUUUGAUUUUGUUGUCAUUUGUGCCUUCGCUCCGUGUUGCCUUUUUUUUUUUUUUUUUUUUUGGGAAAGGCUGGGAAUCAUCUUGAGACGAGAGGAGGGUAUCUGCUCCAAGACAUUUUAGAGCUGGGCUGCUUGCAUUACACAUCAUGUUGUCCUCGGACGAGCCGCUGGACCUGAAGCUUCCCUCGGGGCGGACCCGUUGUCCCCUCCGACUGGGAAAGCGGAGCUCGUCAUCCAUCUGCGCACCGCUCGGCAUCCACCCACGACCGCGUCUGAUUUACACCACCUUCCCGUCACCGCCUUCCUCUCCAGAUUCCCAGUCCCCAUGUCAUGAGCGACCUGGAUCCUGCUUUACUCCCCCAGCCAUGGACCUCAGCCUGUCGCCUUCUUCCAGACACGACUCCUCCCUUUCCCCGUCUCCCUCGUCCCCAUCCCCCUCGUCCCCUCCCUCGCCUCUGGAGUCCCCCUACAGCAGCAGAAGCAGUGGCAGCCCUCGGCCAAACGCCUUCACACGGGAAGCGACGCUUCAUCGAAGGGUGGAGGCUGACGCGUCACCUCAGCGCUAUCCUUUUUAUAUGCCCAUCGCAAGCCCACCGGCGGGGUACAGCUUCCCGUCUUCUCUUUUCAGUGGUCAGAAGAGGGACAAGCAAGCCACACCUGAACCCUCACUGGACGCUCAACUCGCAUGCCGCUGGAUGAAGUGCCACCUGCUGUUUGGGUCGCUACAGGACUUGGUGGACCACAUCAAUGACGCCCACGUCAAACCCGAAAAGGAUUCUGGGUACUGCUGUAAGUGGCAGGGCUGUGCUCGCAACGGGCGGGGUUUCAACGCCAGGUAUAAAAUGCUGAUCCACAUCCGCACACACACCAAUGAGAAGCCGCAUCAUUGCCCCACCUGCAGCAAGAGUUUUUCCCGUCUGGAGAACUUGAAGAUCCACACGCGCUCCCAUACAGGAGAGAAGCCUUACAUCUGCCCGUAUGAGGGCUGCAACAAGCGUUACUCCAACUCCAGCGACCGCUUCAAGCACACCCGCACGCACUACGUGGACAAGCCCUACUGCUGCAAGAUGGCCGGCUGCCUGAAGCGCUACACCGACCCCAGCUCGCUACGCAAGCACAUCAAAGCCCACGGCCACUUUGUUAGUCAGGAGCAGGGCGCCGCCCCAAAGGCAGGUCCUCUCGGAAACCAGGGGACGACUGACCCGGCCUCGACGGGGGGCACCCGGCUCAUCCACCCGGGGGCGGCCGCGGCCCUCCUGGGCGGUUUAGGCACGACGCUGCCGCUGUCGGCGCUGUGCCACCCCCAUGCGCCGCUCUUCUCCAUGGGAAGAAGAGGAGGCCUGGGCCCGCUCGGCCUGACGGACUCGCCGCUUUUUCACUUUGGACUAUCGGCGGCGUCCGUGUUGGGGCUGAGCGCUCUGGGAAGGCUGCGCCGUGCCGAGGGCGACGAGGGCGGUACCGAGCCAGAGGGGGAGGCUUUAAACCUGUCUGCGGAGGUGGCGCCCAGAAGGGGGGAUCCCCUGUCCUGGGUGGUUGUCCCUCCGAGGGCACUCCUGCUUAAGCCAGCUGUUGUCAGCUAGGAUGGUCUGUCUCUGUUUGGAGGCGGGGCAAUGAGCGUAAGGGGUGGUCUGACGUGGUAUUUUUACAUCACUGACUUUUCCUGUUUACCCAUACGGGGCUGCAAUGAUAUUUCCAAGAAUAUUUGGCCGAACAAAUGACACAAAAAAUCUUUCACUUGCGUGUGAUAGUUAAUUUCUAAUACAGAUUCGAAAGUAGUCAUAAAAACAGGCUCCACAAGUGACCCACCCAAUGCGACACAAUUGCAUGGACAGUGGUGACUACAUGUGGGGGUUUAGGACCGAGCCAUUAUAACAAUGCAGAAAUUCAGGAGAAACUGACGCCCACCCAAAAAAAGUUUGGAAUUGACAGUUGAUGCCAUAAGAGGGUGGCAAUACACUUUUGUUUAUUCGACAAUGCUAUGGCCCGACUUAGCCGAUAACACAAGGUGGGUUCCUCCCACCCAGUCAUGAAAACUCCGCAAAAAAGCACAUUUGCAUUUGCCCAACCACAAAUAUGUGUGGAUUCGUUUUAAUUCCCAAAACAGGCGACGCAAAGUGUCAGGCCCAGUGUGUGACACAAAUGCAUCCGUAAAGCAAGUGUAGUGCUUUCCAUUGUCUGCUGACAUUGCUGAAGAUAUACAGUGCUUAACAAAUGGAAAAUGAGAAGAGAUCAUCAAAGUGCUCUCAUUUGGACUCUUUCAAUUUCUCUUGACUUUACAAUUUUGAACAUGGAUGAAUCAAGCACAAACAUGUAUUUCUAAUAUUGUGUUAUUUCUGACAUCUGGAUCAAUUCAUAAUGAAAUUUUUAAUUUUUUUUUUUGUUUUUGUUUUUGGGUCAAUCUAGCGAUUUGAGUUUGAAUCUUGUAGGCGAUUUGGCAUUGCCAAAAUGGCUGUUUUCAAACAAAAAUGUCCCCAUUCCUACUCAGUUUCAGAUUUGGACCUUGAGACUUUUUGUGCAUCCAUUUGGCUGCUGGUCAAUGAAACAGGUUUCAGAGGCUCAUUUGUUCUAGCUCUCCUGGGGGGUGGUUAGAGACCCCUACCAAUACCGAUAUUUUUACCAAGAUAACAACAGUUUCCAUGUAUGUUUUGACCCUCCAAGAAUGCAAACCAUUUGUGUGAAGCAAACUCCUAAAUACGAUUUCAAGAGAUUAUUAUUUAGGUCCAAGAACAUCUACAUACGAGCGCAUUAACCUGGCCUGACAGAAGCGUAGAAAACGGAUGCCGUUCUAAUCGUUUGUUAACACUGUAAAUCUACAUACGCGAGAGGUGUAAACAGUCAUUGCGGCCGAGAAAUCAGCUGGUGUUGAAAAUCUGAUUGUAAUUCUUACUUUGCACUUUUAUCACAAUGAACCCUCUGUAAAACAGAAAUAUUCAACGGAGGAUGGGGAGCUUUGGAAGACUUUCAUCCUGACGUCUUGCAGCGGACAAUCGACGGCCUUUUCGCGUUCGACAAACCUCGCUGACGCUUCGGCUCGCCCGUAUUUUAGCUUUAAACGAAAACGGGAAUCAAGAGCGGGAUUGCGCGACGGGGUGCAACCGGGAAACAUACAGUAUAAGUUAACGUAUGACUAAUGACUAAGUCGUUGUAGACUGCGGGUUCUACUAAGGGUGUAUGUAUCUUCAGGGAAAUAUAUAGGCAAGCAUAAAAUGCUUUCACGUCAAAAAGGUUUCAAUACAGCGACAUCACCUGUGGACAACAGUACAGGACUGGGCCGCGUCCCGGAUCACCAAAUAGUGGACUUUGGAUUGUCAGGGGGAAGUCCCUUUGGUCUACCCCUUGCACAAAGCUAGGUCUGUAAUAGCAUGCUAGCAAAAGUUUGGUGAGGAAAAGGAAUGAAUAUCGCAGGUGGGGAACACAACAUUUUAACUGAUGUUUUUAAAGAAAAUGAAGAAUGGACACAUGAAGGGGGGAGGGGGGGGUGGUUAGCGGUGUGCUAUUGCACUCUUAAAAUUGCUGGGUCAAAAGUCAUCCAAAUUGGUUGAAAUAGCCAUCGCAGCUCUGGGUGAAAAAGGGACCGGGACAAAUGCCGUAUUAUUUCGAACCCAGCGCAUUGGGUUGAGGAUUUGGCCCAGCACGUUGGGUUGAAUCUUGAAUUCAACAAGGGGGCAAAGCAACCUAUACUGAUAAGUUCAAAAUACUAAGAAAUGUCGUCCCAUGUUAGCAGUAUAGCUGUGGCUAAAAAUCUGUGUUACCCGAAGCCACCACCGAUAAUUGCUAAAAUUGUCCGAUUAAUUUGACUUCAACUUUGCGACACAAAAUACUCAAAUACAGUACAUUCAGUUCAUCCAACUCAAGCUCUGUGGUGCGCUCGAGAUGACCAACGCACAGAACCAAAUCAACACUAUUAAGUCCGAUGAGGAUUCGCGAUCGUAAAUAUUGAACAGGUCUGACAUUUUGGUGAAUCAUUCGACUCGGUGUCGGACGCACAUUUUGCCACUGGAAAUACUGCGCGGGUUUAACAUGCACGAUGGUUGGCCCAGACCGUUUUUUCAAGUCGAUCAGGAAGGGACCAAAAAAAAAAGACUCUGAAAACACCCCACAGCACAGGAUAAUUACUCAGAAUAAUCUUUAGAGACUAUUUGGCACUUGCUGAUUUUGAUCGGAAAAGAGGAACAUUUCUACAAAUUAAAUCUGAUUAUUGUGCACCCAAUUCAAAGAUACAUUUUGGUGAGCUUUCAUUUUCCCCGCAUUGUUACUCUUGUCCACAGAUUAUGUGUAUUUUAAAAAUGAGGUUCGCGCAGCCUUUUGUGGGUCUCCUAUGUUCUUUUCACAGUGACAAAACCGCAGCAAUCGGCGGUUCUUUCUGCCUGGCCACGUUAAUCGUAGACAAAGAUCUCCUCCACGGGAUCUGCCAAUGUCUCCUUCGCCGAACGAGCGAGGAAUGACUUCCGACAGUUCAACAAACAGGUCGCGCCCGUGCGACUGCCACCGACUUGACUUGUUUCUAGUAUUUUACAUAGAGGUUACAGAAGAGGAAGGCAUUUUUACUUAAAAAAAAAAAAAACUUGGCUAUUUUUUGCCAAGUCUGACAAUGGCUACAUGUGGCCUGUUUGUGUUGCGUUAUAUCUUAGUGAAUAUCUCUGACCUGUCCCAUAUGUGCCUUGUGUUUCCGACCAAAAUGUAUCGCGCGGUAUUUGAAAACAUUGACGCAAAAAAAAAAAAAGUGUAUUCGUGUAACUUCUUUUGUGUAACUGUAACAAUGACAACAGAUGCGACUUGUGCAUCAGGGCCACUGUGACAUUUUCCAAAUGACAAUGACGGAAUGUCAAUAAAGACAAAUAUGAAUGGU